AUGACUGGCCCCAAACCCCUCUUCAAGAUUGAGGGCGAUUGCUCCACUAUCCACAGCAAUACCCUCUACGUCUAUUCGCCGGAAGGCUUUGCAUCGAUACCUCUCGAAGAAAAUAAGGGAUGGCAUAAACUCCCUUCCCCAGAUCACAAGGUUACUGGCCCUGCCUGUGUUCAAAGCGGAAGCGGCGAAGACGAAGAUUAUUUUUAUCUGGUCGGCGGGACCGGCUCCCCCGACUCUCCUGACAACAGCGGCCUUCAACGCUUCUCGUUCAGAACAGAGAAGUGGGAGACACUACUUGGGCAAUCACAGGAGAUGAAAGACCGGACUGGGCACGGUGCCGGCUACAUCCCCUCAACUUCGGAAAUAUUGGUUUACGCAGGAAACAAAGAUGGCAGCACACAGAUAUCCCAAUCAACACUCUUCAUUUCAACACAAACCACGCCCUUUGACGUCCGUGCUGGGACCGACCAGGGCACGCCGGCGUUGUAUGAGCCCAUAAUCUUGCCUUGGAGUUCUUCCGAGGUCGCCAUGAUUGGAGGCUCUGCUACCAAUACUGCUGUCUACAUUUAUGACUCGAACAAAGGCUGGAGUAUCUCAGAGGCGACUCUUCCCUCUGCGAUUCAACCCUCGUCUCGAUGCGCGUUGGCCUCCGACGCCAGUGGCAAUACCAAGGUUCUCGAGGAGUUUACAAUGAUCGCUUCACCCAACACGGCAACUAGCUACCUUCUGAGCUCAAAAGGAAAGAUGCAGAACCCGGUUACAGCUAUAGCGCCCUUGGAAAAGAGGGAUAUCACCGAUUCUUACAACGGAACAUUCGCCCCGACAGCAUCCUGGUCUGAUUAUACGCUUGCCCAGGGCAAUGGCUUGGUCGUUCUCGCCAGCGGCCAAAGUAACGACUCAUUGGCAAUCUUCAACCAAACUUCCAACGCAUGGGUCAACUCUACAGAGUUGUUCUAUGGAAAACCAGAUCAGCAUGUUCUGAAGCCAUCCACCACAUCAUUCACCUCAUCUACUCCGACAUCCACCACAUCUACAUCCACAUCGACCUCGACAUCGGCCUCUUCUACACCCACUUCUUCGUCGCCAGUUGUGGCUGCUGUAGGUGGUGGUCUUAGCGAUCAUGGCAAAACGAUUCUUGGCGCAACUCUUGGCAGCGUUCUGGGCUUUGGCUUGAUCCUGCUCAUCAUUCUUUUACUAUUGCGACGCGAGAGGAAGAAGAGACAGGUAGCCAAAUCCGGCGGUAGUGGCGAUAACAAAGACCGCCUCAGCUUCCAGGAUCAGGGCAUAGAACCCCUGACCGAAGGUGCUUACCCCAUGGCAAGAUCUCCUGUCCCACUCGCUGCUGCUUCGACCGAUUCAUUGGCUAUCAUGUCCGGCAACUACAAGGGGGAGAAAUCCCUCAAGCCACCAGGUGCUACGGGCUAUGGAUUGUCUCCUCAGCCAAAGGCCAGCAGUCCACUCUCUACAAUUCCCUCCAGUGGUGUCUUGGGCGCAUCCAGCGUAUACACCGACGACACCAGCCGUGCUGGUGAUGACAGGCGUGAAAACCAGGCCGCUGACCGAAUGACUGAUGAAGGGUGGGGGAAAUACUUCGAAGACGGCGGUGCCACUAACUUCCAAUCCGACCGCUCGACCAUCAGUUCCGCAUACACCAAAUCCGAUUACCGUGGAAGCGGCUGGCCAAUGACUACCUUGACCCCAUUGAAUUUCGGUUUCCUCGAACAGCCUCAGCCACUUGGCCGUGUUUUCAGCGGCAGCCCAACCACGGAACACGGCCCCUCUGACAUGGGCAACCGAAGCCUGGUGAUCCCAGAGAGCCAGUCGGCACGCAUCUCCAGUGCGGAUUCAAUCAGUGUCGCCUCCGACGACGACCGCGAUGAUCCAAAGUGGCAAGGUGCGGGCCAGAGCAGCUGGCUUGGGCGUCCCACAAGCAGCAACUACACAGCCAGCAUCUACCAAACGAGCGCGCAGGAGAUGCCAUGGCAAUCAUCGAAUCCGAGCUUCGCGGACAAGCCAAGGCAGUCCAAUGCACGAAGAUCUAGUGUCAUCAUACCACACGAUAUCGACGAACUUCCGAUGCAAGGCCAGAAGAAUAAUACGAAUUCAGAUAUGAGCUGGCUCAAUCUCAAGGCUGAUCGUUAA